GCCAUUACACUGCGAUGAGGUGUGCCAGAGAUUUUGCAUAGAUUACCAAGCAAUCAAGAAGCCACUAAAAAUAUCUGGAGUUGCUGAGCACACCUUUGCGCAUAGGUGUCUGGGUGUGGGUGGCUGGAUUCUUUGGGUUCUAUACUGUUCUGGGGGUGUAGCUGUAGGUUAUUUUCUAUUACUUUGGGUGUAAUUAGAGUAGGUUCUUUUUGUAUUUAUCCUGAAAAUGACGGCUCAGGUAGACUACCUGGCGGUGUUGUUCACCACCACAUCUGGCGCGAGCGGAGACCUCUUGGGUUCGGACGAGACGGAGCUCGAGCAGUUGGUGUGGCAGCUCGUGGACUUGAAGAACAAAAAGUUGGGGAAGGUGAAUGAGGUGUUAAUACGGCCUGAGCACUCGGACCUUACAGAAGAUUGUCUGGGGGAGAGAGAGGACAGCGAGGAGUCCGUCUCUACAGUCACAGGCUUGGAGCACGCGCUAAACCAGUUCCAUCUGAGAUUGACCAAUGAGGUGAACAGCUUGGGCGCAGGCACGUCAGUGUGUGUGUGUACGGACGGGCAGCUCCACAUUCGCCAGGUUCUCCACCCCGAAGCUGCGGGCAAGAACCUGGCACUGCCAGAAUGUUUCAACUCCUUUUUUGACCUGAAGAAAGAGUUCAGGAAGCACUUCCCCUCUGCAGACACCAAGAGCCUGGAGGUGCAGUACAUGGCAGAAUCUCUCAGUGUAACUGUGGAGCCAGUAGCCAUAUUGGAGCCGCCGGCCGUACUGGAUCCAACGGCUGUGUUGUCACCGGUCACAGCAGCACUGCAGGUCCAGACCAUGGCCAACAUCGUCCUAGCCCUGCUAUUGGAACCCUUAUGUCACACAUUCUCAAACCCAGAGAGAGUCACUGAGAAGUUUGAAAGCGGCACUUGCAGUAAGAUGGAGCGUGUGUGUGACAACACAGUGAUCAGAGCAAGGGGGUUGCCGUGGCAGUCAUCUGACCAGGACAUCGCUCGCUUCUUCAGCGGACUCAACAUUGCCAAAGGUGGUGCUGCGUUGUGUCUGAACGCCCAGGGUCGGAGGAACGGAGAGGCUAUGGUCCGCUUCAUCAGUGAAGAGCACAGAGACAUGGCCCUGCAGAGACACAAACACCACAUGGGCAACAGAUACAUAGAGGUGUACAAGGCAACAGGAGAGGACUUCCUUAAGAUAGCAGGCGGUACCUCCAGUGAGGUGGCGCUGUUUCUGUCUCGUGAGGACCAGGUGAUUGUCAGGAUGAGAGGUCUUCCCUUCACCGCCACACCUGACCAGGUGCUGGCCUUCUUCUCUCAGGGGGAGGGGCCUAAAGAGGCGUGUCCUGUCAGUGGUGACAAGGAUGGCAUCCUAUUUGUGCGUUUCCCUGAUGGAAGGCCGACAGGUGACGCCUUUGUCCUAUUCGCCAGUGAGGAGCAUGCUCAGUGCGCUCUCAGGAAGCACAAAGACAUCCUGGGAAAGAGAUACAUUGAGCUGUUCAAGAGCACCGCCGCUGAGGUGCAACAGGUGUUGAACAGGUACUCAUCAGCCCCUCUGAUCCCCGUGGCUCCAGCCCCCCUGGUGUCAAUGUUGCCCUCUGUGUCUCUGUUGCCCUCUCCUGGUGGCGUGAGGGACUGCCUCAGGCUGAGGGGGCUGCCCUACACCGCCACCAUAGAGGACAUACUGGCCUUCCUAGGAGAAUACACACACGACAUCAGACCACACGGAGUGCACAUGGUGGUCAACCAACAGGGUCGUCCGUCAGGGGACUGUUUCAUCCAGAUGCGUUCAGCGGAGCGGGCUUUCUCUGCCUCCCAGCGGGUCCACAAGCAGGUGAUGUCUGGUCCGGGCCAGGCUGGCAAGCGAGGGGUUAACAGCCGCUACGUGGAGGUGUUCCCAUGUAGCGCUGAAGAGAUGGGUCUGGUGUUGAUGGGAGGCUCCCUCUCACACACACACAUUCACACACACACCCGGACCAGGAAUGGGACAGGGCUCAGCCCGCCGCCAUGUAAGUCCAGACGUCUGUCUCCUCCCUCCUACUCCUUCCCACCCGUCCCUUCCAUCCUGCCAGCUGAGGCUGCCGGCCUCUUCCCUCCCAUUGGGCAGGUGCUGCUGAGUCCCCGCCCCCUAGGACCUGGACACGCCUACUACCCAGCUAGCACUCAGCUCUACAUGAACUACACUGCAUACUAUCCCAGUCCCCCAGGUUCUCCCAACACUAUAGGGUACUACCCCUCCCCCACCCCCCUGCCCUCCCCUGGGGGAGUGGUCCGUAUGCAUGGCCUCGCCUAUAAAGAACUGCUCAACACCAUUCAGGGAUACCAGUACGCUACUGAGGAUGGCCUUGUGCAUGCUCAUGCUAACAUGCACGAUCACGAUCCCUCCCGGACCCUGCUCACGCAGCCCAAAGAGUGGCUUCCUAUGGAGGCAUUGCCUGUACUGAGCAGUAUGAUUGGUCAGUCCAGCAGCAGUGAUGCUCUGAUGCCCUUCCCCCCUCUCCUGACCAAGCAGGGACGGCACUACCUGGACCUAAACAUGUUGUAGAAGGCUCAAAGAUCCACGCACUGACACUCACUACCCACACACUAUACCAGGGUGUCAAACUCAUUUUACCCCAAGGGCCGCAGUGGGGUUUCACCCAGAUCUGGAGGGCCACAGUGGGGUUUCACCCAGAUCUGGAGGGCCACAGUGGGGUUUCACCCAGAUCUGGAGGGCCACAGUGGGGUUUCACCCAGAUCUGGAGGGCCACAGUGGGGUUUCACCCAGAUCUGGAGGGCCACAUUGGGGUUUCACCCAGAUAUGGAGGGCCACAGUGGGGUUUCACCCAGAUCUGGAGGGCCACAGUGGGGUUUCACCCAGAUCUGGAGGGCCACAGUGGGGUUUUACCCAGAUCUGCAGGGCCACAGUGGGGUUUCACCCAGAUCUGGAGGGCCACAGUGGGGUUUCACCCAGAUCUGUGGUUAUAUUUCCUUUUUUUACAUAUAUAAGACAUGGCUCUCUAUAUUAAACUGUGCCGAAAGUUUGACACUCCUGCACCACAAUAUCACACAACACACACAUGCACCCCCCACCCCCCCCCCUAACGGACAUGUGGGGGAAUGUCCUGGUCACCAGCUCUGAUCUGUGUUCCCUGUCUGAGUUUUGUGGUAUAUACAGUGUAUAUGCAUGAGAGCAGAAAUGUAUUUUAUAUCAGAGCUUUGCCUCAGCCAAACAGCAGCUCUGUCUUUAUAUUGCACAUAGUAUUUUUAAAAAGCUUUCUAGAGACGUUCUAAGAUGUUACAACCACUUCAGGAGACUGUUAGAAGUAGAGCUGCGUUUAGUACUAAUUAUUGAUCUGAACUUUUCUUCAUGACUUGCAUACAUUUGUGUAUGUGUGUAAGUGCUUGUGAAUGCGUGUGUGUGUGUGUGUGUGUGUGUGUGUGUGUGUGUGUGUGUGUGUGUGUGUGUGUGUGUGUGUGUGUGGAUGUGUGCGUAAGUGCGUGUGUGUAUGUGUGUGUGAGAGAGAGAGAGAGAGAGAGGAAUGUGCAUGUAUAUAUUUUAUACUGUCUGUCUAAAAACGUUAUAUUACAUUUUAUUUCUUUAUACUUUCUAUAAUUUUACAAUCCAAUACUAGAACAUUGUAUUAGGAAGCCUCCUGCAUGAAGUUAGUAGUGCCAGCUACACUCAGAUGUUUACAUGUUAUGGCAAAUAUAAAGCACUGCUAACCAAUCAGAUUACUAUACAGACUAUACUGUAUAUCAACAGCAUAGUGUCCGACAUAAAAGUUACAUGUAGUUAGUCAAAUGCUGAAUCACUCCCACACCCCUCCCAUCUAACCUGUUUAUGUUUGCCUAGUUCCACUCCACCCUUGCCUUUUGUAUGUGACGCCAAGCUGAGCCCAGAGCCAGGAGAUUACUAUUCCUGUUGCCGGUGGUGUAAAGUACUUAAGUAAAAAUACUUUAAAAUACUACUUAAGUAGUUUUUGGGGGGUAUCUGUACUUUAAUAUUUAUAUUUUUGACAACUUUUACUUUUACUCCACUACGUUCCUAAAUAAAAGUAUGUCUUUUUUACUCCAUAGAUUUUCCCUGACACCCAAAAGUACAAGUUACAUUUUGGAUGCUCAGGCAGGACAGUAAUAUGGUCCAAUUCACACACCUAUCAAUAUAACACGUUGUAAUCCCUACUGCCUCUGAUCUGGCGGACUCACCAAAAUAAAAUACUACGUUUGUAAAUGAAUGUACUUUUUUACAACAGUUUAGUACUUUUUCUACCACUGUCCUUAAGGACAUUUAAAACCAGAUACUUUUAGACUUUUACUAAAGUAAUUUUCUAUUAUCUUCACUUUUACUCAUGUAUGACAAUGGAGUACUUUUUCCACCACUGUACUUAAUGACAUUUAAAAUCAGAUACUUUUAGACUUUUACUUAAGUCAUUUUCUAUUAAGUCAUCUUCACUUUUACUCAAGUAUGACAAUUGAGUACUUUUCCACCACUGUCUAUUGCCUUACCCAGCUCGGUCCCAACUCACUGUGAUGGAGAUUUACCACUGUGCUCUCUGAUUCCUUACUGUAAUGUCACUGUGCCUGCAUGGCUGCAUCUCAACAGUCUACUUCACUGACAUAAAAGGACAUAUUGUUCUUAUCUAUCAUGAGUUUUCAGAUCAGUGCAGACUAAGGAGGGGAGGCAAGGAGAGGACUGUGCUUCAGACUAUUGAAACUCAACCAGUGUGUUUUACUCCCAUGAAGGCCAGAUUAGACAGAGCUAUAAAUGGCCCAUGAUGAUGUAAUACGUUAAUGAUGUAAUACAUUGAUGUCUGCUGUGACUGUGGGUCCCUGGCUGUCCAGGGAACUCUCCUGUGACCACACUGACAGUCUAAUAAAUAGAACAUGUGAAACAA